UGGUAUGACCCUUGAAAAAUAGAUUCGACUGACAGGACAAAUUUUGCAGAUUUUGCUGUCAACUGCUGUCAAGAAAAAUUUGGUUGGUUUGCAAAAAUUCGCUUGUGCCGGCAAAUUUAUUUUGACCACCGUCUCAUAUUCGUUUUAUUGUAAUAUUUUACAUACUCUCUGUGUUAUUCUACUCUCCGUGACGAUACGAUAGCCAUUUGAGUAGGGCAUUUAUUUCAAUAUGCCGAAAAGACAAGUAAGGAACGCAUUUUAUUUCUAUAUGAUUGACUUCAGAGAACAACAAAAGAAAAUUGGAAUUCAGUAUGGAAACAUAAGAGAAGUCUCUGAAGCUGCAGGCCCUUCGUGGAGGGAGGCACCACCAAAUGUACGCGCUAAGUUUGAAGAAAUGGCUCGCCAAGAAAAAUUGAAGAGAAAUGUUCCUGACCAGAAGUUUACUUCAACAGGGAUACCAUUUUCUGAGAUAGAACGACAAGAGAGAGAGUUGCGUGAAGCAGAGGAAGCCGAGAGAGAGUAUAUUAAUAAUAUUGUCAAAUUAAAGUCUUUUAAUUCAGAAAUUAUACAUGAGUACUUUUAUGUGAUGGAUGUGAACUACUACUGUAAGUUCAACUCGGAUUACCUAAUAGGGGAAUGUACCGCUCUACGCUUCAAUGUUAAAAAUGGCAUCAAAGAUCAAUUUCAUACUAUGAUCAACCCAGGUCCAAUACCAGUUGGAUAUGCUUAUGAUGUCAAACUCGGAGCUCAAGAACUUGGGCUGGAUAUGCCGGAUGCAAUUACUUAUAAGACAUUGCCAUACAUAGACACUUUAGCCAUCAUCGUCGACUACCUGAAGCAUGGCCUUCCGACUUCUAGCAAGACAGUACCACCGAUUUACACAAUGCCAGAGAGGGUGCAACCAGUCCUGAAUUUUAUAUUGCAAAUGUGUGCAAAGACAGGUGAAGACGACGGCAUGUUCCGCGUGUACAAGCUUGACACGCUGUUCUACACGCUGCUGAAUGGCAUCAAGAACCGCGGCGACGAGGGAUUCCCCCGCGAGUCGUUGGCGCUCGCGCAGCUGAAGAAGGACCCAUUCCGGUACACGCCCGGCUUGGGGUGCCGGCACCACGAGGACAUAGACAAGGCUGCGGAGUGCACUACCUCUCGCGUGAAGCGCUGGGCCUACACCAUCAUGGACAGCUGCUGCCCCGUGGUCGGCGUGGACAUGCUGCCGUCGAAGCAUGUCCCCGGCGACUUCGACCUGGACGUGAGUGUUGCAGGAGUCACUAGCACCGCGGGACAUAGACAAGGCUGCGGAGUGCACUUCCUCUCGCGUGAAGCGCUGGGCCUACACCAUCAUGGACAGCUGCUGCCCCGUGGUCGGCGUGGACAUGCUGCCGUCGAAGCAUGUCCCCGGCGACUUCGACCUGGACGUGAGUGUUGCAGGAGUCACUAGCAC